AUGGUAGGAUUCGGUGGAUCAACUGCUGGUGUGGCGAGAAAUUCUCCGGAACAAGUUAUUUGGCCAGCUUGUCCAAGAAAUACCGAAUCUUUACUUACUGAAAAAUUACCAAUUCUUCUUGACAAAGUUGAAGAUGAAAUUAUUUUGGUUACACAUGUUGGACCCUCCAAAGCUGGAACAACUGAUGUGGACAAAUUUCCGUUGCGGGAUCCACCGAUUGAAUCUGGCAGAACACCAUUAUCAUCAGAAGAUUCAUCUCAAUGUAACAUUAUGUUUAAUAUUCACGGUCAUUCACAUUAUCCUUUUGGACUUUCACAUUUAGGCCAAACUUUUAUAAUUAAUCCUGGUCCCCUUCAAGAAGGUAGAUUUGCUAUUUUAACUUUGGAAAAUUUUAAUAAAGAAAAAUUAUUGAUAGGUGAAAUGAAAGACUUUUAUCAAUGUUCUAAUAGAAUUAAUUCGUGGUUCAUGGUCGGAUUGGAACUUUUUGUUUUAUUGUAA